UUCGUGAUGGUUUUGAACGCAACAUCCGGGUCCUGCCGUGCUAUAGCUGUCGUGAACGCGCUCACGAUGCUAGCUGGAAGUUCGCUAAUUAAAACUUAACACAUUUUUUCAUCGCCUUCAAAUUACCCCAACGUCUCAGCGACGAAACGAGGGGGAAACAGCACAUAAAGACCAACAACGACUACCUGAUGAGAGCGACGGUGGUCUAUCACAGCCUCAGAGGAAGGUUCUAGCGGUUUGGCAAGGCCCCUUUGAGCAAGGCAGGAGUUCGUCAGUGGUUCUCCAGCAGGUGGCGGUGUUGGAAAAGGUUCAGGUGUUCGCCAGGUGUUGGAGGAGGCCAGUCGACGCUUUCUGAUAGGGACGCAGCGAGCAAAGGUGAAGCCCAUCUCAGGUUGGAUUCCAGCGAACCACAAACUGACCGCACAUCAGCCGUCUUACUUUGUUGCCUCCUGCUUUGGAUGGUGAUCACCGGCGGUGUUGGACAACCUUUAAAAACGAUGUUGCCCAUCUCUGCUUUGCUGCUGCUGUUGCUCCUUCCACAUCAUCCUGUCUCCGUCUCCCCGGUUGCCAAGGAUCAGUCGGUUUGUAGCAGAACUUUCUGUGGAGCCGGCCGUGAGUGCGUGUCCGACGACGGAGGCCGGCCCGUCUGUCGCUGUCUGCAGCGGUGUGACGUCUCUGAGCACUGGGUGUGCGCCAGCAACGGCAGGUCCUACAGGAACCACUGUGAGCUGCACCGAGACGCCUGCAUCACGCGCACCAAGAUCCACGCCGAGACCAGGGGACGUUGUCCAGAGAAGCCGGCCAAGACGGACGUGAGUCCAAUCGUGUGUUUCCUGUCGGAUCGCGACUGGCUGAGGGAGCGAGUGAUCCAGUGGGUCCAGCAGGAGGUGGGAUCUGACGCCUCAUCUGUUAACGAGCUCAUGCAAACUUACUUUCAGAUGUACGAUAAUGGAGAUUCUCAGCUGGAUUCCAAAGAGUUCUUAAGUUUUCUGCAACAUAAUGAAACGGCACUGAACCUCAACUACUCCAACACUUUGGAGACCAACACUCUACUCCGGUCAUUGUGUGUUGAUGCUUUGAUCGAGCUGUCAGACGAGAAUGCAGAUUGGAAACUAAGUCCAACAGAAUUUAUUAAUUGUUUGACGCCGACCUACCAUCCACCUGAAAGAAAUUGUGCUUUGGAGGAUGAAGUGUUUGAGGAUGGCGCCGAGACUCGGAUGGAGUGCAACAAGUGUGUGUGUGCGUGUGGAAACUGGGUGUGCACCGCUCUGACCUGCAACGGAGAGCCUCGUGUGGACGUGAAGGAUGAAGAGGAGGAGGAAGAGGAGGAGGAGGAGAUGACCGAGGAAGAAUGGAGCAAGAGGGUGGCUGAACUCAGUGCUUCACAGGAGAGUUUGGCCACGCAAUCUUAAGGUCACUUUUGAAGCAACCAAUCAGAGAGCAGACAAGGAAAAUACUGCAAACAUAACCUAGCAGGUUUUAUUCAUCGUCAACACAUCCCUUUUCUUUGUAAUAUUCAACUAAAAGAUGGUUCACGUCACUUUUAGCAAGGCAUCAAGUUGUGUUUAUACUUUGUGUUAUUGUAAUCUGAUUGGACAAGAAUAAUGAGUUAAAAGCAUAUUUUGACAGCUUAA